CAACUGACCGUUCCAAUCACUCUCGAACUUAAACCUCCACCACCCAUUACCAACAAAUCUCUCAUUUUACAAUGGCCGCCGCAACCAUGGCUCUCUCUUCCCCGUCCUUCGCCGGAAAGGCACUGAAGUUCUCUCCAUCCACCCCUGAAAUCCAGGGCAGUGGCCGUGUUUCCAUGAGGAAAACCGGCACCAAGCCUCCCUCUGGGAGUCCAUGGUACGGCCCAGACAGAGUUUUGUACUUGGGCCCACUCUCUGGUGAUCCUCCAUCCUACUUGACCGGAGAGUUCCCCGGUGACUACGGUUGGGACACUGCUGGGCUCUCUGCUGACCCAGAGACCUUCGCCAGGAACCGUGAGCUCGAAGUCAUCCACUGCAGAUGGGCCAUGUUGGGAGCUCUUGGAUGUGUUUUCCCUGAGCUUCUGGCCAGGAAUGGAGUCAAGUUCGGUGAGGCCGUGUGGUUCAAGGCUGGAUCUCAGAUCUUCAGCGAGGGUGGACUCGACUACUUGGGCAACCCAAGCUUGAUCCACGCUCAAAGCAUCUUGGCCAUCUGGGCCUGCCAAGUUGUCUUGAUGGGAGCUGUCGAGGGCUACCGCAUUGCUGGUGGACCCCUCGGUGAGGUGACUGACCCAUUGUACCCAGGUGGCAGCUUCGACCCAUUGGGUCUUGCUGAUGACCCAGAGGCAUUCGCUGAGCUCAAGGUUAAGGAGAUCAAGAACGGCAGAUUGGCUAUGUUCUCAAUGUUCGGAUUCUUCGUCCAGGCCAUCGUCACCGGAAAGGGACCGUUGGAGAACUUGGCUGACCACCUUGCUGACCCUGUCAACAACAAUGCCUGGGCCUAUGCCACCAACUUUGUCCCCGGAAAGUGAGCUCAGAGAGAAAGAGGGAUUUGUCAUUUUCGUGUUCUUUCUUGGUGUGAUGUAAAUUUAUUGCAAAUCAAUCAGAGCAUGAUAUGAAUUUUGCGUGCUCAAAGUGCAUUUUGUCUGCCUA